ACGCAGGCACUGCAAGCAGCAUCCCGAGGUAACACAGCUACGGAGAGCCCACCAGCCCAGCUGAGAGAGCCCAUUUGCUCUGCUGCUGUGGGGGGACAAUCGGGGUUCUUCCUCUCUCUCUUGUCGGCAAUCGGCUCGCUCCUGGCUGAUCGCUGCCUUUGCCUUUCUCUGUCUCUCGCCUCUAAUUGGGAACCGCAGCUCUUCCACCUCUUCGCCACAAAAGCUGCCCGCCGCCAGGACAGACAGAGCCCAACUGCCCAGGCAGCAUGACGACGGAAGUCAACGAAUGUAGCAUCAAGGUGCUCUGUAGGUUCCGGCCUUUGAAUCAGUCGGAGAUCAUACGGGGAGAUAAAUUCAUCCCAGUUUUCCAGGGGGAUGACACCGUCAUCAUUGGGGGCAAGCCUUAUGCCUUUGAUCGUGUCUUCCCACCUAAUACUACCCAGGAGCAGGUGUAUCAUGCCUGUGCCAUGCAGAUUGUCAAAGAUGUGCUGGCUGGGUACAAUGGCACCAUCUUUGCCUAUGGGCAGACAUCAUCGGGGAAGACUCACACCAUGGAGGGUAAGCUGCAUGACCCCCAGCUCAUGGGUAUCAUCCCACGCAUUGCCCAGGACAUCUUCAACCACAUCUACUCCAUGGAUGAGAACCUGGAAUUCCACAUUAAGGUUUCCUACUUUGAAAUCUACUUGGACAAAAUCCGUGAUCUGCUAGAUGUGACCAAGACCAAUCUUUCGGUUCAUGAGGAUAAGAACCGUGUGCCGUUUGUGAAGGGUUGCACUGAGCGCUUCGUCUCCAGCCCUGAAGAAAUCCUGGAUGUCAUCGAUGAAGGGAAAUCCAACCGUCAUGUGGCUGUCACCAACAUGAAUGAGCACAGUUCCCGCAGCCAUAGCAUCUUCCUCAUCAACAUUAAGCAGGAGAACAUGGAGACGGAGCAGAAACUGAGUGGGAAGCUUUACCUGGUGGAUCUGGCUGGCAGUGAGAAGGUCAGCAAGACAGGAGCUGAGGGAGCUGUUCUGGAUGAGGCCAAGAAUAUCAACAAGUCCCUGUCAGCACUCGGCAAUGUCAUCUCAGCUCUAGCUGAGGGCACGAAGAGCUAUGUGCCCUACCGGGACAGCAAGAUGACCCGCAUCCUGCAGGACUCCCUCGGUGGAAACUGUCGCACAACAAUGUUCAUCUGCUGCUCACCUUCUAGCUACAACGAUGCUGAAACCAAAUCUACACUCAUGUUUGGACAGAGGGCCAAGACAAUCAAGAAUACAGCAUCAGUGAAUCUGGAAUUGACAGCUGAGCAAUGGAAGAAGAAGUUUGAGAAGGAGAAGGAGAAGAACAAGGUCCUGAAGGAGACAAUUGCCAAGCUGGAGGCUGAGCUCGGGCGCUGGCGCAAUGGCGAGAAUGUCCCAGAAACUGAGCAGCUGAGUGAUGAGGAGAAAGUGGUGCCCGAUACUUGUGAUGAAACACCCAUUAAUGAUAACAACUCCUCCAUCGUCAUCCGGAUCUCGGAUGAGGAACGGUACAAGUACGAGGAGGAGAUCCGCAAACUCUACAAGCAGCUUGAUGACAAGGAUGAUGAAAUCAACCAGCAGAGCCAAUUGAUGGAAAAGCUCAAGCAGCAGAUGCUGGAUCAAGAGGAGGUGAGCAGUGCUCUGCUAAUGUCAACUCGUGGGGAUAAUGAAAAGGUGCAACGGGAGCUAAGCCACCUGCAGUCGGAGAAUGACUCGGCCAAGGAGGAGGUGAAGGAGGUGCUGCAAGCUCUGGAGGAGCUGGCGGUCAACUAUGACCAGAAAUCCCAGGAGGUGGAAGAGAGAAACCAACAGAAUCAGCUGUUGGUGGAUGAGCUGUCCCAGAAGGUGGCCACUAUGCUGUCCUUGGAAUCAGAGUUGCAGCGGCUGCAGGAGUUCAGUGCACAUCAGCGCAAACGCAUUGCUGAGGUACUCAAUGGCCUUAUGAAGGAUCUGAGCGAGUUCAGUGUCAUCGUGGGCAAUGGUGAGAUCAAGCUGCCAGUUGAGAUUAGUGGUGCCAUUGAGGAGGAAUUCACCGUUGCCCGACUCUACAUUAGCAAGAUCAAAUCGGAAGUGAAGUCGGUUGUGAAGCGUUGCCGGCAGCUGGAGGGGCUGCAAGUUGAGUGUCACCGCAAGAUGGAGGUGACCGGGCGAGAACUGUCUUCCUGCCAGCUCCUCAUCUCUCAGCAUGAGGCAAAGAUCCGCUCGCUCACCGAGUACAUGCAGAGUGUGGAGCUGAAGAAACGGAACUUGGAGGAAUCCUAUGACGCUCUUAGUGAAGAGCUGGCUAAACUGCAGGCCCAAGAGACUGUUCAUGAAGUGGCCAAGGAGCAGGACUUGAUCCAGGAUACAGAUGAAGUCAAAAAGGCCCUGGAAGUGCAACUGGAGAGUCACCGUGAGGCCCACCACAAGCAGCUGGCACGGCUGCGUGAUGAGAUCAACCAGAAGCAGAAGAUCAUCGAUGAGCUCAAGGACUUGAACCAGAAGCUGGAGCUUGAACUGGAGAAGCUCCGUGCCGAUUAUGAGAAGCUCAAGAGCGAGGAACAGGAGAAAGCACAAAAGCUGCAAGAGCUGACAUUUCUGUACGAGCGACACGAGCAGUCCAAGCAGGAUCUCAAAGGGCUGGAGGAGACUGUUGCCCGUGAACUCCAGACCCUCCACAACCUUCGCAAGCUGUUCGUUCAAGACGUCACGACUCGAGUUAAGAAAAGCGCGGAGCUGGAACCCGAGGAUAGCGGGGGGGCUCAUUCCCAGAAGCAGAAGAUUUCCUUUCUUGAGAACAACCUGGAGCAGCUUACAAAAGUUCACAAGCAGCUGGUUCGUGACAAUGCAGAUUUGCGUUGUGAGCUUCCUAAACUGGAGAAACGUCUUCGGGCUACGGCUGAGAGAGUUAAGGCCCUGGAGGGUGCACUGAAGGAGGCUAAGGAGGGUGCUAUGAAAGACAAGCGUCGCUACCAGCAGGAGGUAGACCGCAUCAAGGAGGCAGUGCGCUACAAGAACAGCAUGAAGCGCAACCACUCUGCGCAAAUUGCCAAGCCAGUUCGGCCAGGGCACUACCCAGCUUCAUCCCCCACCAACCCUUACGGUGUCCGCAACCCUGAAUGCAUCAGCUACACCAACAGCCUCUUCCAGAACUAUCAGAAUGUCUACCUGCAGAAUCCUGGCAGCACUGUGCCUGACAGCUACUUUACCAAUGCCUCUUCCAGCAACGGAAGCAGCUCCUCCAGUGCCCCUCUGACCUCCUAUCAGAAGCUCAAUGUGGAUAACGAAGUGACUUGCCCUGUGGGGUUGAGGCCGAUGAACAAGCCAAGCUCUUCCCCCUUCACCAGGAGACUGCAGCCAGCUAAUAGCAACAGCGCCACGAAUUGUCCAGGGGGCCUCAGCACACCAUCAGUUUCUAAUUGGGACGGAAGCCUCAACUCUGCAUGCUGCAGCCUGGCUUUCCAUGAUCUCAGCUACAAAUGGGCCCUGUUUGUGUAUCCUGCUCUCUCCGCGUCCUGUAUAUAUAUCCAGCUGCUGCUUCACUCUCACUGUUUCUCUGUUCUACUUACUUAACUAGACAAUGAUAUACUCACUACUUUCAUUGGUCCCCUGCUCCUUAGUCCGGGAGCCUGGGGCUCCUCCUUUUUUCCUGCCUCAGUUGCCUUAAGGGACUGGCUGCCACUGAAGAAUCCCAAUGUAGAAGUAUCUUUCUGUGGGAACAGGUUCUUGCCUACGAGAAAGGGCAAAAAUCAUCUCCCUCAGACUUUAUUGAUCCUAGCCUGGUAAUGCAGAACCCUGAUGUCAACCAGGUCUUACUGUGCCCUAUGGAAGUUGAGCAUCUGCAGGUUAUUAGCUAGGUGGGGUGAAAUAACUGCCUGAGGUGUUAGCUGACUCUGCAAAAAAAUAAAAUAAUGUCCUGGUUCAACACCCUACUGGAUGUUCCUGAAAAAGCAUAAAACAGGGGCAACCAGCUUCACCUUUUAGAGUCCACCAUGGUGCUUGAGCCUCGAUUGAUGGACUUGACGAUAGACUGGGGAUCAUUGAGGUACUUCUAUUCAGGAACAGCUACUGUUUUCUGCAGAAGAGAGCUACUUACUCCUUGCUUUCAAAGCUGUGCAGCUCAUCUCCUUCAGUAGGCACAACAGCAUUAGGAAUGCUGCCUAUCCUUUGUUAAUGAGCUGAUCUCUUGCUAACAGAGAGGGGUGAUAAGCUGAUGUUUCAUCAACAGGAACAAAGGAGGAAGCAUAAGAAUAAGGUGGUGGAGAUGGGUAGCUCCUGCUAGACCUGCAAUUGGGCAUAAAGAACACAGGGGCUCCAUUUCAUUCUAUAAAGGGAGAAGCAGAGUUGUUUUUUUUUGGGGGGGAGAGGAAUACAGUUUGCAGAGCAGACAGAAGGGAUUUGGUUGUUGGUUCUCUAACAUGUCCUGUUCAACUACAAACACUGUACAUUCAAAAAGGCAGGCUAGGGUCUAACGAUUCUGCAAAGUGGGACAAAACGAGGCUGCUAUCAGCACAUUUUUGGUUGCUCCUUUUUUGUGUCUCUUGAUAGCUGGGUCAGUGGCCUUUAGUCUGUGUUUCUAUUUAUGUCCCUAAGGGGAACAGUGAGUCCACUGCACAUCUUCAUAUCACCACUUUUGAGUCACGUAAGAGUAGACAGGGAUGUGGGAUAAGGAGGAGAGAUGACAGCUCUUAUUUGGGGGGGGGGGAUUUACAGGUCUGCUUGCUGUCAAAAUCCUUAAUGGCAGUAGCCUUGUUUGGCCUCCUUGUUGGAGCUGCUGACACCCUGUCAUUUUAUUCCUGUCUGCUCAAACCA